GCUCGCGUGCGUCUCGCUAGUGCACACUCCAGCUUUCCUUUCUUCUGUCAAUACAGCAAAAAAGACUUUUGACAUGGCUCGAAGAAAAGCGGCGCAGUCCCAGUCAAACGGGACCAGCAAUGGAGAACAGCUUUCUGUCUUGCAGCAGUAUGUCGACAGUGAUGGUCACUUCUCUCUUGUCAGAAAUUUUCGUUUAGCUGAUCUUGUCACCAUAAUGAAUGGCGUUUGCGGGUCAUUCUCGAUAUUUUCGUCUGCACAGUAUCUAUUAACAAAUGAUGAUGCCUAUUUGCGCUGGGCUCUCGCCCUUCCCCUAGCUGGUCUCAUGUUUGAUUUCAUGGAUGGGAAAGUAGCAAGGUGGAGAAAAUCAAGUAGCAUGUUGGGUCAGGAGCUUGACAGCCUUGCAGAUUUGGUUUCGUUUGGCGUUGCCCCAGCGCUCGUUGCAUUUGCUAUUGGCCUCCGGACAUACCUUGACACUGUCUGUCUGACAGGAUUCAUAUGUUGUGGCCUAGCUCGGCUUGCACGAUUCAAUGCUACCGUUGCAGUUGUACCCAAGGAUGCGACAGGGAAAGCUCGGUAUUUUGAAGGUCUACCAAUACCCUCGUCUUUGGGCCUCGUGGCUGUAUUAUCGUACUGGGCACAACAAGGCUGGAUCGAGGGCAAGGAAGGUGUUCCCUUUGGACUUGUUACGCUAUGGGGUAGUUCGGGUGGACGCGGUGAUAUUCAUCCGGUCAGCAUCGUGUUUGGCUUCUGGGCCGCAGCUAUGGUCAGCAAGACGCUGCGAGUUCCAAAGCUCUGAUCAGGGGGAGGGACACUGUUUUGUUGUGCUUUAACCUAUCGGACUUGUUUGAUGAUAAUGACAACUAGGCAGGAAAUUAAAACGACCAAUGAUGAUAUCUGAUCUACCAAA